AUGUCGCAGCGACUCUUUCUACGUGCACUCGGGGCACCAACACCACUGAAACGAAACAUCAGCACCACACGGUGCGCCUACUCUGCCUACUCUGCCUACUCUGCCUUCGGUGACGCCCUGGCUUCUUCCUCCUCCUCGUCGUCGUUGCUGCGUCCUCUAUCCCCAUCAACGUCUGGAUCGUCCCCAUCUUCCUCGACAGGACGAACAACCAAAUCUUCCGCCCCAGCCUCGACGUUCCCCGCCUUGACCCGCACGAGCUUACCCCCGCCGCCGCCGAGCGCGAAGCCGUCGGUCGAAACCGAGUUGCUUGGCUACCUCGCCCGACUCAUCAUGCAAUCGGGCAAGCUCGAACGCGCCCACUCGCAUAUCGCGUUGAUGCUGGCCCAGAUCCAAACCGCGACGCACUCGCCGCCGUUGCCGGUGCUGCAAAAGGCGCUGCAGAUCGUCGAGCCCUCGAUCCGGAUCGUCGGGAGGAAGAAGGGCACCAAGUCGUUGCCGACGCCGCAGCCGCUGACGGAGAAGCAGAGGACGCGCCAGGCGUGGAAGUGGAUCGUCGAGUCGAGUGACAAGAGGCAAGGGAUCGAGAAGCAGUUUGGAAAACGGUUGGCGCUGGAGGUCCUGGCCGUGCUCGGUGGUCAAUCCGAGGCGAUCAAGAAGAAGGAGGCCAAGUUAGUUCUAUGGCGCUCUGUCGUUUGCAUCGACCAUCGCUUGAAUGCUGAAGUUCCUCUUCUCGUUCUCUCAGGCAUCAGCAGGGUGUCGUCGGUCGGGCCAACGUGGGACGGUAG